AUGAAUCAUCCACCCCCUCACCGAAAACAAGCUGGUCCUCAGGCAGAUCCUGGCGAUGAACCACCUCUGGUAUCACCACCAGUGCCUUCUCGAGAAAUUGAUCCUCAUGGCGAAGAAUUGAGUUUGCUCAAUUCGCAUUACGAUGACGAGGCUCAUGUUCAAAGCUUGAUGCAGAUGACAGCUCCUCACGGUGAAAGACUGGUACCUGGAUCGAUUUCUCCUCCACGGGGAGGAUAUGGUCUUGAGGAAGCCGAACCUGCAAAUGAGAACCCAAUAGUUGCACAAUUGGCACAUGAUGAUGUGGAUGAUAUUGCGGCUCGAGUGACAGAAAGAUUGGAACGACGCAUGACGGAGCGUCUCAAACACGAAGUAGAGGCUAGAAUGGCAUUGGAACGGGCAGCAAAUAAUCAAAAUCAGCUUGAACAAGCACCAGUGACGAGGCAAGUGGCUUCGAGUGAUGGCACACCACCACAACCACAACCCAAUAUACAAACUGCAGAGGAAGCUCCUGAACUUGAAGAUGAUGAUAACUUCAAGGUUUGUGGUAUUCGAAGGACAUGUUGGGGUUUACUAUUGAUUACACUAUUCCUCUUCAUGGUGGCAACUUUGCUGAGUAUGUACUUUUACUAUGGUGACAACAACAGGCCAAAGUCCCCUGACUUUAAGCUUAGGCCACCCACGGUAUCCCCAACUAUUGGCCCAAGCAGUGAAGAUGAGUGGACCAGAAUAUUGGAUCGGAUUGGUGAUACAAUCGCGAUGGACAUGGACGUGGCUGUCUUUGAUGAUGAAUCGACGACACAAUACAAGGCUUUGGAUUGGCUUGUUUUUGACGACGCAUAUCAGGCUGGCGAAAGUUGGAGACUUUCAGACCAAGAGUUGGUGGAGCGCUAUGCCGUAGCUGUCAUCUACUUUGAAGGCUUGGGGCGAACAUGGAAUCGCCAAUCUAAUUUUCUUGAGGCUGUGCCGGUCUGCGAAUGGAAUAAUGGGUUAAGCAGUAAGGACGAAAAUUCUGAAGGAGUCUACUGCAGCGACGGCACGGUAACAUUUCUCCAGCUCGUUGAAAAUGGACUCAAAGGCCAGCUUCCGAAGGAAAUUAACCUGUUGACGAAUCUAAACCAUUUGAAUCUCGACGGAAACAUGCUGUACGGGAAUUUGCCAAGUCUGUCGCAGCUGGAUUUGUUGCAAGUUUUGUGGAUGAGUUCGAAUGAACUGACAGGUCCUCUGCCAAAAGAGUUGCCGCCUUCCCUAGCAAAUCUUGAUUUGCAAGACAACUCGUUCCUCGGAGCGAUCCCAGUGGAGUGGCAAUCAAUGACAGAUCUGUUCUUCUUGGGGUUAAGGCUGAAUGAUCUAACGUCGCUUCCAGGUGAAUUUCUUCUACCUUUAAGCAACCUUCGGUAUCUCGACCUCGAAGGCAACGAAAUUCAAGGAACGAUACCAACGGAAAUUGGAAGCAACACCAAGCUGGAGUCAUUGUACCUAGAAAAGAACAGGAUUCAAGGAACUAUACCAACGGAACUUGCGAGCCUGACAACCUUGAGCGAACUAUUGCUGUACGGGAAUGGAAGGCUAGGUGGAACUGUGCCGCAAGAAUUUUCUCAAUUAACGAAUCUGAAAUUCUUUUGGAUUCAUGGAACCGACAUUAGCGGAAGUAUUGAUGACAUCUUCUGCGUCGACGACUUUGUCCAAAGCCUAAGUGCGGAUUGUGCUGGUGACCCAGUGGAGGUGUCCUGUACCUGUUGUUCACAGUGCUGCAACUCUUUUGGAGCAGAAUGCAGACAGAACAUCAGCUGA